CUACACAUAAUUUUCUUUAGAACAGAAGAAUCUCACGCUUUUGUGGAAAAGAGAAAGUGCAAAGAAUUAAUGUUUCCAUAAUUUUCUUCAUAUUUUGGUAUGUGAUGAGUUAGUUCUCUUUAGAGGUAGAAAAGGCCCUAAUGCUUAAUUCUGUUGUUGAUAAAUAAACAAAUUGAUCGGAAAUUAUUAGUCAAUCUAAGUUCCUAAAUCGUUUGACAAUAUCACUAUUGUUUGACUUUUCCCUAUCAUUCAAAGUUUUGUAUGCAGUCCAUCACGUUAUUUUGGGUUUUUAAGACAUUGAACUAUAAAAAAACUCAUUAAAAGUGCAUUAAAAACAAAGAUAAAUGGACGUUCAUUUUAGUCAACAAAAUUAAUAGUCAAAUCCUUUUUUAAGCUAUGAUGCAAAGCAAGGAAUGAUCGACAUAUAUUAUUUAUUAUAUGGUCAAUCAUGGAGGAUUUAAAGCACAUUUUAAAUUUUAAUUUAAUUUGUGCCUUGUUAAGAUGAUUCCAUCCAUGUUUUGUUAUUUGACUAUUUGUCGGUCUUCUGUCCUUAUUAAACCGAUUGGUGUUGUACAGAAAGUCAAGGCGCCUGUUGGUUGACUCACCUGCUUCUGUUAGGUCGCCGUUAAAAUGGCUGACGGCGUCAACGGAGGAGGAGGAGAUGGCGGCUCUGCUUCGCGGCCGCACCGGCUACCGCGGUGGACGCGGCGCGAGAUCAUGGUGCUGAUAGAGGCGAAGCGGGCUGCGGAGGGUAGAGGGAGGGGCGCCCGCGGGCCCCGAUCGGCGGCGGGGGAGACGAAGUGGGAGUGGGUGUCGGCCUACUGCCGGCGGAAGGGGGUGGACCGAGGGAUGUUGCAGUGCCGGAAGCGGUGGAGCAAUCUGGCGUGCGACUUCAAAAAGGUACGGGCGUGGGAGGGCGGGGAAGGGGCGGCGGCUGGUGAGUCCUUCUGGGCUAUGAGGAACGACUGCCGGAGGGACCGGCGGCUGCCUGGGUUCUUCGAUAAGGAGGUCUUUGACAUCCUUAACUGGGCUGUGCUGAACGAGUUGGAGGCGGAGGAGGAGGAGGAGGCUGAGGUCAAGGUUCGUGACGGUGGGGAGGGGGAAAACGAAAAAGAGGAAGACGAAGUGGAAGUGGAAGAGGAGGAGGCAGUCUUUGAUAGCGGUCGGACUGCAGCGGAUAAUGGUUUGUUCUCCGAUUGCGAGCACGAAAAUGGGAUGGAUGGGCAAGAGAGGCUGCCGCCGCCGAUUGCGGUGACGCCAAUAUCUGAGAGGAAGUUCGAGCCAUUUCAACAGGAAUUUUCGGAUCCAGGGAUCGUCAACGAUAGACAACCAGCUAAUGACCAUGAGACACAAUCAUCACAGGGACUGAAGCGGCGGCGCAUUUCACCAGAAGAAGGAAGUAGCAAUUUUGACAACCAACUGAUCAAAAUCAUAGAGAGAAACAACAAGAUGAUCGUGUCACACUUCAAUGCUCAAAAUGCCAACUUACAACUGGAGAGGGAUCAAAGGAGGGAGCAAGCUAAUAGUCUUCUUGAUGUUCUUAACAAACUUGUCGAUGCUGUUGGAAGAAUUGCAGAUAAACUAUAAACCUCUGAGAUGAUUGAUGAAUGGAGCACAUAGGACGUCGACAAUCCAUUGUGUUUUGCAAAUUUGAGCAGCAAUAACAAAUUAGACAUUGUAGGAACACCAUUUCUUUAUUGAUUCAGUGUUGAAAAUAGACAGGGUUUAGCUGAUCAAUUGAUCAAUAAAUCCUGUUGUGGGCUGGUUUCAAUUCCUUCUCCUGUAAUGAUCAACUUUUAACUUUCUUCUCUUUUACUGAAAGCAUGCAGAUGUACAUGUGGAAUUAUAAUCAGUUAGCUGAUUUCUAUUUGCACAAAAGAAAAACACAA